GGGAUUUUCGCUAUCUCCAUCAACGGAUUUGUAAUCUACGUAAAAAAUGCUUGAAAUUGUUUUUUCUGAUUUUUAAGAAAAGUGCCUAAAUUGAACUAUUACCUAUGUUGUUAAAGAAGAAAGUGUUUUAAUGGAACUGUAACAUAAAUCUGCUCAUUUGACCUGGUGAUUGAAAAAGAAGAUGUUAUAAUUGAUCAAAAUUUACACAAAGAAUUCAUUAACAUGGGGGAAAUAUUUAAUGGAAGUGAAAUCAUUAGUACUGAAGAUAAAACGUUCGAAGAAAGUAAAAAUGUUCCAAUGGUUCCUGCAAAUGAUAAUUUUUUAAUUAAAAGUGAAUCAUCAUUACACACGGAAUUAAUAAUAAAAGAAGAUUUAGAAACUUCGAAUAAUUUUGAAGAUGAUGAACAAAUAAUUGAUUUUAAAGAAAUUAAACCAUAUUUUAAAGAAAAUUUGCGAAUUAAAAAUGAAAAAUCGUUACACACGGAAUUAAUAAUAAAGGAUGAAGAUAGUGAUAGUGAAAGUGAAACAUCAGACGAUUCUUAUAAUCCGAAUAGUGAUGAAAGUGAUGUAAUUAGUUCGAAACGUCAGCGCCCUAAAAAAUCGUUUAAUUGUGAUGUAUGUGAUAAAAAAUUUCCUCAGAAAAGUGCUUUAACCGUACAUAAACGUGUUCAUACCGGAGAAAAACCUGGUGAUGUGAUUAGUUCGAAACGUCAGCGCAUUAAAAAAACGUAUUAUUGUGAUGUAUGUGAUAAAAAAUUUCCUCAGAAAAGUUGUUUAGACAUACAUAAACGUACACAUACCGGUGAAAGACCAUUUUCUUGUGAAAUAUGCGAUAGAAAAUUUCUUACCCGUCAAAAUUUAUCUAAUCAUAAAUUCAUUCAUACUGGUGAAAAACAACCCAGACCAUUUUCAUGUGAUGUUUGUGAUAAAAAUUUUACAAAACCAUCAGCUUUAGUUCGACAUAAACGUGUUCAUACCGGAGAAAAACCAUUUUCUUGUGAAAUAUGUAAUAAAAGAUUUACACAACGUGGUUCAUUAAAAGAACAUAAACGAAUGAUGCAUGGAACAGGAGGAGAAAAACCUUAUUCAUGUGUAAUUUGUAAUCAAGGAUUUAAUGAAGAAAAUGAUUUAAUUCAACAUAAACGUAUGCAUCCCAAAGAAAAACAUUUUGUGUGUGAAAUUUGUAGUAAAACAUUUUCUCGACGAUGUCAUUUGAAUCGACAUCAAAAAACACAUAGUGGAGAAAAACCAUUUUCUUGUAUACUUUGUGAUAAAGCAUUUAAAGAAAAAAAACAUUUGAAUCGACAUAAACGAACACAUACAGGAGAAAAACCAUUUUCUUGUCUACUUUGCAAUAAAGCAUUUGCUGAUAAAGGUGAUUUAAGUAAACAUGAACGAAUACAUACCGGACAAAAACCGCAUUCUUGUGAUAUUUGUAAUAAAAGAUUUCCACGGAAAGGUCUAGUAAAUACACAUAAACGUGUACAUGAAAAACAGUUUUCAUGUGAAAUUUGUCGUAGAUCGUAUACUCAAAAACAUCGUUUAAAUCGACAUAAACGAAUACACAUAACUAGUACUGUAGGAAACGAAGCAUUUGACUAAGGAAAAAUCUCGCGAGUCGAUAGAUUUUUAUGGAAGCUGGUGGAAAAUGUUUUAAUCCAAUUAAUCUACGAAACGGAUGACAAAAUUGCUAUCAGACAACAAAAAAUACGUUGUUUUAGAAGAAAACAAACUAAAAAUCAUACAAGCACGGAUCCAGGCCCUCAAAAACAAAGUCCUAACCAAGAUUUUGUACAGUGUAUUUGUAAAUUAUUAUAAACUUAUCAAAUGUUAAUUUGUUCGUUCACAAAAAUUACAAAAGUAAAUGUGCGUGUUUACGCAUCACAAUGUCACUAAUAAACUACUGAACCAAUUUUGAUGAAAUUUUUUAAUAAAAUUAUUAGGAGAGAAGAUUUAAAAAUUAAACUUUUAACUUCAAAUAAAAUUAAACGCCCGUAUACAUUUUACAUUAAAUAAUUUUAUUUACUCUCUCUUGACUCUGGUAUGACGGAAUUAUUUUCACAUUCUGUUUACUAUCAUUAAUGACUCGCCGGUACAUUUGAACCACUUUUUUCACUGCCUGGAUAUCGACAUUCAAGUAUUUGACACCACCAUUUGGUUCAUUGAUAACGGAAUCUGAUAUAGGGGCAUGUAAAUUGAUUUCCGAAAAUACUCUUCUACCGAUUUCGCUUUGAUUUUUUCAAUUUUUGGUAUCUACGUGCUUUGAAACGAACGUUUAAACAAACAAAAAAUAUUAGUACAAAAAAUAAUUUUCCUUGCAACGGAAGAGAAGCGAAGUAUAAAUUAUAUAAGACUAGAGUGAUAUCCUCCCGCUUC